CCUUUAUAAGUCACUGCUGGCCGGGCGCCCGCUCGCCGCUCCGCAGCCUCUGCGCCAGCAGCGCUGCCUGCUGCCCGCGCUGCCGCCCCAGCCCCCCGCCAUGCCCUAGCCAGGGCCCCGGCCCCGCUUGCCCGCCGGGGGACGCGCAGCAGCCCGGGGAGGGCCGGCGGCGAUGGCAGCCCCGUCCCCCGCCCGCCCCUGAGGGCGGCUGCUGCCGGGAUGUUCAGCUGGCACCGGAGCUUCACCCUGGGAGCGCCCUGGAGAAGAGCAGGUAAGACGACCCCACCUGCUGAGGACAAAGUCGUGCUAACACAUAUGAAGAUAUUGACCAACGAAGGAAUCCAAAACCCAGGUUUAAUCCCAGAGGCUCCAGCUGACACAGCCUGCACAGAAGAAUCCCAUCUCCCUGGCGCCAGCCUCCCACCGGACUGCCAGGGAAAUCCGAAUGCAGCAGCUGCACCAGCAGAUCCAGACUAUGCAGAUGCCCCGGCAAGCACAGACUACGUAGCCACGCUGCCUGACCUCAGUGCCUUCGAGUCCAAGUGCCGACUUCACAGAUUCUCCAAAUUUGAAUCCGAGGACUCGGGGGUUGAAUUGCCAAGUGGGGCUAAUUCUCCAUCAACGCCGACGGGUUCAGAGAAGAGCUUUGUGCUUCACAGCAGAGACUCAUUCUGUGACUCAGGCGUGCUUAGCACCUCUUCUUCUCCAGAAAUCGACCAUCUGAUAAUGAGAACAUGCAAAGAGAAUGCCAGAAAAGUUAGCCACCAAGAUCCAGAGAGUGAAAAGCAAGCUGAGUACUACAGCCAGGAGGCAGAUGCUGUGCAGGGUCCUACAGCUUCCCUUGAAGACUUCAGUGUCUGUCAGGAAGAAAGUACCGAUGAACAUUUUGACCAAAGCAAAAGGCAAUCUCUGGAAAAGGAAGCUAGCCCAGAGACGGACCUUCCCAAGGAAAGCACUCUUCCCACCCCAGCUCCCAUAGAAGAGCCAAAGACAAUUGCUGACGAUUUCCCCGAGAACUUUGGCAGCAUGCAGGACCUUCAGAUCCAUGGACAGCAGCUGAAAAAGUACCCUACAAGUGAUAGUCUGGAUGAAUACAUGGAUGAAUGCUGUAGACUGAGUGAGGUGAACCAAGGUAACAGCAAAGCCCUGGGAUCUGGUCUGGGAUACCUGGAACACAUUUGCCAACUGAUUGAGAAGAUUGGGCAGCUGCAGGAGCACAACCUGCGUCUCCAAAAGCAAGUGUGCAGCUUGCAGAAAGAGCAGAAGAUGAGCCAGAUAAGAGAGGAGUAUCUUCUGCAGCAUUGUUCCUGUGGAGCUACCAGCAUUUUCCUCAACUCGUACCAAGACACAAAGACGUUUUUUGGUGGGAGGAGCAGACCUCACAGCCUCUUGGUUCAGACUGGAAACCCUUCUGAUCUUUCCAUCAUCCCAGAAAUAGGAGCGAACACUGAAAAGCUGAACAGCUGCAAAGGAAGUGAGAGAUACCUGGAUUCAGGAAACAGCCAGCCGAUGGUGGGGCUCAGGAAGUCGUCCAACAAUAGGAACAACAAGGAGAAUGAGUUCAGAGAAGCUGGUAGCAUGGCUGAGGGACAGGCUUUUCCGUCAAAGGACCCGGCAGUAAGAAAGGGUCUGGACGUCAGCAAGAACAUCUCGGGUGAGAGCCAUGCUUGGGGGAGAAUGAGAGAUCUUAUGAGGAAGACACGGCUGAGAAACCAGAACAAGCUGGGGCUGUCCUCUGCUGCUCUGAAGAGGUCCUGCCCACAGUUGUACAGGCCAGAUAUUAUGUCUUCAGAGCUGAGGAAAACUGAGAGGAACUCCAUGAUUGUUCUGGGGCAAAAUACCAAGAAUGAAAACAUAUGGCCUUUCUGAUAACCCAAGUCAAAUGGAACAAGAAAGGCAAAGCGGGAACACCACCGGACGGACAAAACCCAAGAACCCCAGAGUUACUUUGUGCAUCCUACAGUUGUCAGCGCAACUCCAAUUUGGGUGUUGGAAGGGAAAGAGAGAAGGGGAAGGUUGAGAAGGGUCUGUGGACAGAUGCAUGCUCAGCUAUGUACGGCUUCGCUCCUGAAUCUGAAUGCGAAGUACACUUACAAAAAUCAAGCCACAGAUGAAGAAUGCAGUCAGCAUCUUGGCGACAUAACCAACAAAGACUUUUAAGUAAGAUUUGGAAAUUCUUCCUUCUUUCUGUGUUAGAAAGAAUUGCCUGAAACAUUGAUCCUUUUAAGUUAUAAUUGCUUUCUGGGGACCUUCUCCAGCGGAAAAAAACAUUAUGAACACAGCAGUAUCUAGAAGAGUGCCAAGGACUCCUUGCCCAAUGCAGAAGUGGCCAUUAGAAGGACAACUUCCUCAGGGGAGAGGGCUCUGUUUGUCCCCAGCACAGCUCCUCCCUCCAGAGCAGGAUCAUGGCCAGCUGUGCCGUUUUACUGGAAUCUAACAAUAAAACCAAUCUGCAAAGCCAAGACUUCCUACGAGGCCAUUCCUGAAUCCACCACUAGGUUCUAAUCCUGUGGGCCCACUCCUUCUGCAGAGACCCCUCGACUUCAGUGCUGCCCCGCACAGAAGCUGGCAUUGUACAGGCUCAUUGCGGAGACCAGAGCGAGGGGCACUGCAGGAAUCAGCCUUUCGAGAGACUGGAAGGUUCAUCCAAGGCAACACCUCAGCUUCACCAUGCAGCCCAGCUCUCUGGCAGGCUGUGUUAUCAAUCUUUUUUUUGGGGAAACUAUGCCUGAGCUCCUACUUUCAAGUUACAAGUUAAGUCCCCUGGCUGUGCUGGUAGGGUAGCCAUGCUGCUGUAUGGCUCAGCCUGUGCUCUCUGCUGGAAAAAGGCACAGAGGAGAGCAGAGCUGCAAGGAAGUGUUACUCAAACAUACAUCCUUUACAAGCUGCUUCUUUUUCCCCUAAGACUGUUCUUUUGGGUCACAUGAACUUCUUCAUAACACUAUGGCCAUAUUUGGUGGCUGUCUUAUUGCCACAUGUCCACUUUGGUGACAGGCAGCUCGUGGUUCUGAAGGUCCCAUGGUUGCAGUGGUCUUGACCCACCAGCUCUUACUGGUACUAGCACAAUAAUUAACGCACAUUAAAUAAAGAUUUAAAUAGACCAACUUUGUCCCUUGUUAAAGGUUAUUCUACCCCCUAGAUUACAGUAUAAUUGCAAGUCAAGCACUUGCUGUUUAAAAAUGCCUCCCCAGCCCAAACUUGCCUGGGAACUGAGAUUUGAGAAGCUGGCAGGAAUAGGUCAGCUUCAGCAGGCUUCAUCCUUCAGUAACAGAUGUUUCCCCUGUGCUCACCUGGAGCCCUUGGAGUCUCCAAAUCCAGAGCAGGAUCUCCUCUGAGAUUCAAAGCACCUCAGCCAUGCUCUCCCAGGGCAGCUGUAGUGUGCAGGGGUGAGUGAAGGCAGCAGCCCAGGUCUGGUUCUCCAAGUACUGUUGUUACUUAGCAUCUCCAAAAACACCCCCAAAAAACCAACAGAAACCACACCAAUAAAAAAAAAAAUAUGGUCUGUGCUGACUCAAAGUUAGCACCCUAAAGUAGAUGUGUUUAAAGUUUCAGUUGUAGCUGCUGCUGCUGCAGGACUUGGUUAUUCACUGUAUAUCUUUCUAGCUUUGGAUAAAGCUAGCAAGAUUUAUAACUUGAUUAUUCUGUGAAUAGUCUGUAUAUCUCCAUAAAUACAGGGGGCUAAAAUCCUGCAUUAACUUACACCCUCCAUUAUCCCUCCAGCUUUACAGAGACUGUAAGGAAUGUGAAUCUGUGCAGAACUGGACAUAAAGUGUUUUAAAACAUGACAUCAUGAACUGGUAUUCUCUACCACCUAUGUUCACAUUAUAGUUUUUUUGGUUUUGUUUUUUUUACUAAAAUGAACUAGCACUCUUAUUACAGCAUUAUAUGAAAUAUAUUCAUGUAUUUUCAAAAAUAAAUAUAUUUAUAAUGUGUAACAUACUGUAUAGUUCUUCGCUCCAGGAUACAUUGUAAUACAAGCAUGAGAAAUUUAAUAAAAGCCAUCAUUAUUAUGA